AUGUUUUCGAGGAAAUCAAAUAGUAAAUUUAUUGAAAGCAUAGAAUAUCCAAAUUUUGAAAAUAUAAGUAAUGUAAAUUCCGAAUUAGAUUUACUCCCACAAUCAGCAAUAACCAAUAAUAUUGAAGAAAUUAAGUAUUGUAAUUCUUCAUCUUGUUCAGAUGAAGAUUCUAGUGAUAAUGAAGAUAAUGGAUACCCAAAACAAAAUAUAAAUAUAAUUUGGCCCUCUAAAAGUGAAAUAACUGACAAGAGAUACAAAGUAGAAGAUAGAACAAGUAAUCAGUUAAAUGUAUGUAAAUUGAACUCUACUGAUGAUAUAAAAAUUAAAACUAUAGCAGAAUAUAGACAAUAUGUAAAGCCAAAAUAUACGACUCAAAGUGAAAUAGCUAAAAUUAAAACAGAAAAUCUUAAUAAGUUAUUAACUAGUCCUGAAUAUAUUCAUAAAAAAAAGAAUGAAAUUGAAUUUUAUAUAGUCCAAGUGGCCCUUUUGCCCGGUUUUGCAAGUAAACAUUUUAAUAUUUAUAAUAAUUUAAAGCUAAAUCUUCGUUUAGUAAAUGAUACAAAUAAUGAAAGAUUAGUAUAUUUGCAUAGACUUGAGAGUGAACAUACUGGGAUAUCCAAACAUUUUGCUAGAAAACUCUGUAAUAUAUAUAAUAAAAGAUAUUUCAAUAAUUUCAUAGAUUCUUAUUCUAUAAAACUAAUCUGUAAUGAUAUUAUCUUCUUACCAGUUAGUAUAUUAAAUGAAGUUAGAAGAACUUGUAAGUAUAGUAUAUAUAUUGAAGACAACAAGGACAUAGUAGCAGUAUGUAAUUUUGAACUAGAUAUAGAGAAAAAUAAAACUAGUAACACCCAAUUGGUAAUUGUAGGCAAGGAAAAAGUACGUUCCAUAACUAGAUAUCCUUUGUAUAAGUUUUUUUCUAGUAAUGUAGUAGAAAGUUUACUGGAUGAAUGUGCAAUUGGAUAUGUAGAUGUACGUAUACAUGGUGUCUGUUCAAUAGCGAGAAAUGAAUAUAAUAUGUCUGCAGGUAUCUCAAAUAAUGUCUAA